AGGAGGAGAAACCACGUGUGACAGCCAGGCUGAGUUGAGAACUGUCCUUCUCAAGUCAAGUUGUUUUUGUAAUAUCUUUGGAUGUAACUAGCCAUUCCGUCCGACGGAAGGCCAUUCAACAGACCCACAUCACAGCUCUCAGCAACGGACAUCUGUUGCUAACUCUGAAACCAAACUAGCAUUCUGGGAAACGAAUCAUGGUUAGCAAGACGGAUGACAUCCCAGCAUCAGUGCCCGUUGAUCUUGCCCGGGAAGGCGAGACAGAAAACAGCAAAGACAGCAGCAAGACAGCCUUGAAGGAUCCAUGUGCUUGCGGACACCGUGGGGACACUGCAGUAAUGAACGGGGACGCUGGUCAUGAGGAGGCCGACUCCAAGCAGGAUGGCGGUGCCGAUGCAGACCUUGCAGAGGAUGCCAACGAACAGGAAGUGAUCGUAAUUCAAGACACUGGCUUCACUGUGAAGAUCCAAGCACCUGGAACCGAACCCUUUGACCUUCAGGUGUCACCACAAGAGAUGGUGCAAGAGAUCCAUCAAGUACUGAUGGACCGCGAGGAUACCUGCCACCGCACCUGCUUUUCCUUACAGCUCGACGGAAAUGUACUUGACAACUUUGCCGAGCUCAAGUCCAUUGAGGGCCUGCAGGAAGGCUCUCUUCUCAAAGUGGUCGAAGAGCCCUACACAGUGCGUGAAGCUCGUAUUCACGUCCGUCACAUCAGAGACCUGCUGAAGAGUCUUGAUCCAUCAGACGCUUAUAAUGGAGUGGACUGCAACUCCCUCUCGUUCCUCAGUGUCUUCACCGAUGGAGAUCUUGGAGAUACUGGGAGACGCAAAAAGAAGGGCAGUGAACUUGAGCAGAUUGAUUGCACACCACCUGAACACAUUCUGCCAGGCAGCAAAGAGCGUCCUUUGGUGCCCCUUCAGCCACAGAAUAAAGACUGGAAGCCUAUGCAGUGCCUGAAGGUCUUGACAAUGAGUGGCUGGAACCCACCGCCUGGCAACAGGAAGAUGCACGGAGACCUUAUGUAUCUGUACAUCGUGACUGUUGAGGACAGACACGUCAGCAUCACUGCCUCCACCCGUGGAUUCUACCUCAAUCAGUCCACAACUUAUAUCUUCAACCCCAAGCCAGCCAACCCCAGCUUCCUCAGCCACUCUCUAGUUGAACUGCUGAGUCAGAUUAGCCCCACCUUCAAGAAGAACUUUACUGCUCUGCAAAAGAAGAGGGUACAAAGACAUCCGUUUGAGAGAAUAGCUACUCCCUUCCAAGUGUACAGCUGGACUGCACCACAGAUCGACCAUGCCAUGGACUGUGUGAGAGCUGAGGAUGCCUACACCUCCCGUCUGGGUUAUGAAGAGCACAUACCUGGCCAAACUAGAGACUGGAACGAGGAGCUCCAGACAACCAGAGAACUUUCUCGUAAGAACCUCCCUGAGCGUCUGCUGAGAGAACGAGCCAUAUUCAAGGUUCAUAGUGACUUUGCCGCUGCGGCGACGCGUGGUGCGAUGGCAGUGAUUGAUGGUAAUGUCAUGGCGAUCAAUCCUGGAGAGGAGACGCGAAUGCAGAUGUUCAUCUGGAACAACAUUUUCUUCAGCUUGGGCUUUGACGUACGUGACCACUACAAGGAGCUGGGCGGGGACGCUGCCGCCCACGCCGCCCCCACCAACGACUUGAAUGGGGUGAGGGCAUACAGUGCUGUGGAUGUGGAGGGGCUCUACACCCUGGGCACGGUGGUGGUGGACUACAGAGGUUAUCGUGUAACCGCUCAGUCCAUCAUUCCUGGCAUCUUGGAGCGGGAGCAAGAGCAGAGUGUCAUCUAUGGCUCCAUUGACUUUGGUAAGACCGUAGUGUCCCAUCCCAAGUAUCUGGAGUUUUUGGAGAAGACCAGCCGCCCUCUGAAGGUGCAGCGGCAUGAUGUGCUCAACGAGAAAGACGCUUCUGUAGAGCUUUGCUCCUCUGUGGAGUGUAAGGGUAUCAUUGGCAACGAUGGGCGCCAUUACAUCCUGGACCUAUUGCGUACCUUCCCUCCUGACCUCAACUUCCUGCCAGUGGAAGGAGAAGAGCUCACGGCCGAGAGCCAGAAGCUGGGUUUCCCCCGGCUACAUCGCCAUCGCCUGGCUUGCUUGCGCCAGGAGCUCAUUGAGGCCUUUGUAGAGCACAGAUAUCUCCUCUUCAUGAAGAUGGCCGCACUCCAGCUAAUGCAGCAGAAAGCAAACAAAGACAAGGCCGCAGCCCUGCAUGACACGAGCACUGCAGAUGUGGAGUCUGAAAGCAAACCGCAGGCUCUUGAAGCAUCUGAAAAGGUUCCUGACGACAAACCAACCUCUCCAACUUCCUCUGAGUCUGAAUCCACUCUGACCCCUAAUGACUCAGAGUCAAACACUGUGUCCGAAAACUCUGCUCCUGAGAACCAGGCAGCCCAAGUUCCUACGGCAAACACCAACGGUACUCAUGAGCCUUCAGCUCCAGAGAGGCAGAAUGGAGGGUGUGAUAGUCUCUUGGAGGGUAAGGAAGCUGAUGAAAUAAUUCCUGGACUUGCCCAAGCUAAAGAGCUGGCCGAGUCCUUAGCAGCGGAAGAUGGAUCAGGUAUUGACCCUAAAAGCAGAGAGGUGGUCCUCAACGCCUGUAAAGCUGUAGGCUCUAUCAGCAACACCUCUUUCGACAUUCGCUUCAAUCCAGAUAUCUUCUCUCCAGGAGUCCGCUUCCCAGAUGACAGUGCUGAGGACAUCAAGAAACAGAAGCAGCUUCUCAAAGAGGCGGCAGCCUUCCUAGUGUCCUGCCAGAUCCCUUCUUUUGUAAAAGACUGUUUAGAUCACAGCACUUUGCCUAUGGAUGGUGCAACAAUGAUAGAAGCCCUUCAUCAGCGUGGCAUUAAUAUACGUUAUCUUGGUACUGUGCUGGAGUUUGUGGACAACAUGCCGUCAAAAGCACAACUUGAACACAUCUAUAGAAUAGGUAUCAGUGAGCUGAUCACCAGAUGUGCAAAGCAUAUCUUCAAAACAUAUCUUCAGGGUGUGGAGCUCUCUGCUUUAUCCGCUGCGGUGAGCCACUUCCUGAACUGCUUCUUGAGUUCUUUCCCAGAUGCAGUGGCUCACCUUCCUGCAGAUGAGCUGGUGUCCCGCAGAAAGAACCGCAAGAGACGUAACCGUGUCCCUGGUGGAGGAGACAACACGACCUGGGCCAGCCUGACACCCAGUGAGCUGUGGAAGAACAUUACCUCUGAGGCACAAAGCUACUAUCACUUUAAUCUGCAAUGUGAAAGUGUGGACCAAGCAGUGGAGAAGUACAACUUGCAGAAGAUCACACUGCUGAGGGAGAUAUCAAUCAAGACUGGCAUUCAGAUCUUAAUAAAGGAGUACAACUUUGACAGCCGCCACAAGCCAGCCUUCACCGAGGAGGACAUCCUGAAUAUCUUCCCUGUUGUGAAGCACGUCAACCCCAAAGCCUCAGAUGCCUUCCAUUUCUUCCAAAGCGGGCAGGCCAAGGUUCAGCAAGGCUUCUUAAAAGAGGGCUGUGAGCUCAUCAACGAGGCAUUGAACCUCUUCAACAAUGUGUAUGGAGCCAUGCAUGUGGAGAUCUGUGCCUGUCUGCGCCUUCUGGCCCGACUCAACUACAUCAUGGGUGAUCACCCUGAGGCUCUGAGCAAUCAGCAGAAGGCUGUCCUGAUGAGUGAGAGAGCACUGGGUAUUGAACACCCCAACACUAUUCAAGAAUAUAUGCACUUAGCUUUGUACUGCUUUGCCAACGGCCAGCUGUCCACUGCCUUGAAGCUGCUAUACCGCGCUCGCUACCUCAUGCUCGUGGUGUGUGGGGAGGACCAUCCUGAAAUGGCCCUGCUUGACAGCAAUAUUGGUCUGGUGCUUCAUGGUGUGAUGGAGUAUGACCUGUCUCUGCGUUUCCUGGAGAACGCCCUGGCCAUCAAUUCAAAAUACCAUGGAACACGAUCCUUGAAAGUAGCCCUCAGUCAUCACCUGGUGGCCAGAGUUUAUGAGAGCAAAGCUGAGUUUCGCUCUGCACUGCAGCAUGAGAAGGAGGGUUAUACCAUAUACAAGAACCAGGUUGGUGAAGGCCACGAGAAGACGAAGGAGAGCUCUGAGUACCUGAAGUACCUCACACAGCAGGCUGUGGCUCUACAGAGAACCAUGAACGAGAUCUACAAGAAUGGAUCAAACGCUAGCAUAAUGCCCCUCAAAUUUACGGCACCAAACAUGGCCAGUGUUCUGGAACAGCUUAAUAUCAUCAAUGGCAUCAUCUUUAUUCCUCUCAGCCAAAAAGACCUGGAAAAUCUGAAGGCCGAGGUGCAGAGGCGGCAGCUGAUGCAGGAUUCUGGAAAAAUUGAGGAGCAGCAGGGUAGUCAGUUAGAGCUGGAUGACAAGCUGCCAGUGGAUGAUUAAAAGACCCAACCAUACAGCCCCUCUCCAUAUGAGGAGGACACGAUGCAGCAGCCAUCUGUAUGAACCAGUGGACCUGAGAACUGAGCUGUCUAAUCUAACCAAUUCAAUUUGAGCAUAAUGGGGAAGGGAGGACCAGGAACAGGUGACAAAUAAAGUGUACAGAGUGUAGUUUAUAGCUGUAAAGAGAAUGAAAGCAGAUGUUUUACACGUGCAAUUCAACAACAUGACCCCUCGAGGUCUACCAGAGGAGGAAGCAGGAGAGAAUGGAGUCCUUCCCCUCUGAGUUUGCAGAGAUGAGGCUGGUGGUGAGCAAGGAAGACCAUGACAUUUUAUACCAGAGCCUUAUCCAUCCACCCAUCAACCCCAUCUCAUACCUUCUCAUCUGAGCCCAGGAUAAACCACAAUCCGUCCCAAACCAACCCACGAGUGUAGAGAGAUCCUAAAAACAUCCUUUUCUGAAAACUCAGGUGAUUUCUACACUGCUCGCCAGAUGAGAUACGUUCACCGUACAAUUCAACAGAGAUAGACAUAUGAGAAUCAUGGGCUUAAGAAUGUACACUUUAGAGGUCUAGUCUCAGGACCGAAUGGUAGUAUUGUGUCCCAUACGUUAUUUCUGCGCUCUCCAUGGCUUCUGCCUUUAGACAAAAUCAGAUCAAUGCAACUUUACAGAUGCGUGUUCUCAUCCAGUCAUUUAAGAUUGGUGGUGUCUGUAAAACAAGGAAUCUUUUUGUAAAAGUACAUGAGAAGCUAUUAGAUCUUUCAAGUAAACGUUAAUUUAAGCCAUGUAUGUUUUAUAGAAAUACAUUUGGAAGCUGUAUAAAGCUUUGUCAUGGGGGUUGGACGGGAGCUUGAUUCGUUUUGAUUGAAAUACUGAUUUGAAAUGUCCAGUUUGAAUUAGACUGUUGUGUUGAAACUCUUUUUCACUUUAAACGUGUGUAUGUGUGCGUGUCUAUGUAUGUACGUCUCUUUAUUGUUGUCCAUGCUAGUGCUGAAAUGGAUUCUGAGGAUUCCUCCAAAGCUGCUGCAACAGAACAAUAUUGUGAUGAUAUUUUUAUACAUACAUUAUUGAUAACGCAUGGACUCAUGCAACCUGCUAAGACGAAGAUGGUGAAAAUGUGGUACUUGUAAAUGUGGUUUUUGAAACAAGAUCAAUAUAUUCUCCAGAAUAAUUUAGCACCCCGUUCAGGAACUUGCGAGCCUCGUGUUUCUCCCUAGCAGUAUUUAUUGCACUUUCCAGUGCUGAAUUUUUGAGUGGUUUUCAAAUAGUACCACCAAAGGAGGAAUAAGAUUGGCUGCUUUGAUGCAACUUACCAAAAAAAAAGAAAAGAAAAGACGAUCAAGGGUGAUGUGUUUGCUUGUAUACAUGCUUUGUGUGUGUCCUGCAAAUGUCAAAAUUGUUGCUGUGUAUGAAGCAAUAUGCUGGAACUAAGUGCACCUUGGAUUAUGUACAUGGAUGCAAGAAAACGGCUAGCCUGGUUGUAUUUCUCUAUAAAACAAAAAGUAAAAUUGUUAACAAAAUGGUUUGUCUCUGAAAAUUGGUGGGGAAAAAACAAUUUUACUGGUAAAUGAUAUUUAUGAGCAAGAAUAUCUAAUAGUGUGUGAGAUGUGUGCUUAUUUAAGUCAAAAUGUCUGAAAACUGUACUUUUUUUUUUUUUUAAAUUGUCAAUUCAUCAAUGGCCAUCAGUAGAUUUUUGUAAUGCGAAAGCUUGGAUGUUGGACAGAAGUCAUUGAAUGUCUAUUUCAGUACCCUUAGGUGCCACAUGGGUGUGCUGCAGUCAAUAUAUUCGAUUGAUAAUGGACAUAAACUAAUUUUUUGAUGCAUUACAUUAUAAUAUGAGAACUACAUUUGAAACGAAACAAGUGCUGGAAUCGAAAGAGUUAAAAAGGUAUUAACACCCAAAACUUAUUAGAAACUUGACUGAUUUUCUGUUGACGUGAUGGUGGUAGCUUAGUGGUUAAAGCUCUGAGUUGGUAACAGAUGCAUCUCAAGUUCGGUGUCAAAUAAGUAUGACCUUUGAACUGAAGGGUUAAUGAGAAAAUCCUGUGUCUGUGUUCUUGAGCCUGGUACUUAACCUGCAGGUUUUUCCUGGGCUGUGGUCUAUAAAAAUAACAAGUAAACAAUCUGCAGUCAAGAUUGUUAAGUAUGAUCUUAAUUGAAUAUCUUUAUGCUUCUAUAGUUACACAUCUCACAGAGAACAAAUUGGUAGAUUAAAACCGUUUUGAAUUUA